GAAUCAGAAUCCCGGAACCGCGGACACGGGCAGGCGCAGUCAUGUACCCUGCAUGCAAGCUCCAGCCAGCAGACAGCGUCUUAUCAGAGUAGUACGGAGACCUAGCGAACGAGCCCGAGCCAACCACGGGGGGAAGCUGCUGGAUAUUCGAAGGAGUCUACACGCGCCAAGUGGACCCCGAGGAGAUGGCAUAGAAAGGCUAUUACUUACAAGGGAGGCUACUGCUGAAAUGAUAAGCCGAAUCUAAGCAGGAAUUUUGGCGAGAGGGAAAUCCUUCAGACCAUAACUUGAACAGACAGAAAAUUUAUUUGCACCUGGAGCAUCUGGAUGUCACCAUGCCUGUGUCUGUCGGUGAGUAGCGUGUCAGGAUCGGCACGUUUACACGUUGGCGGAAGAAAGAAUAUGACUACAAUUACUUUUGGAGUAAACUUGUCAACUUGAUCAAAAAAGCCAAGAAUGUUCAGUCACCUGAAGAAAACAACUCAGAAUGUAACACUUCGCCUCGCACUCCUCAGACUCGGUCACAAUGUGACGGUCCUGAGUGUGAUGAUGUCAAGGAGAGUGGAUCCUCAUGUGAUGUAAAAAGCCCCGGACCUAACGAGGUUUCUCACUCUGAGUCUUCGUGUGCUGAAAACAGUAGCUCUCCAACAGCAAAUGAGACCAACCCUGUCCGUGAUACCACUGACGUUCAGAACCCAGUUACCCGACCCUGUGUAGAAGACGAAUUGGACAAUAGACAUAUAACCAUCAAUCUAGUGUCACAUGAAUACCACCCUAAUUCCGCCCAAAUAAUUGAACCACCUGAAGUUGUCCCAUCAGAAUCGUACUCACAUGUACCUGCAGCCAUCGGAGUUGAGACAGAUCAUAUCCAAAUAGACGAGGAGGAUGCAUCAACCUCUGCGCGGUCAGUGAAAGAGGACCAAUCAUCAGGCUUGUCACCUAAACUAAGGCAAGAUACAACUAGAAACACCGAGCAAACAACACCAUCUAUCAGGGAAGUAACGGAAAACCACGGAUCACCGACCUAUCCGUCCCCCUAUCAGGGACAACCACUAGUGAAGCAGAUGCAAUCAAAGGAAAUGACCGUCCAGACAUGACCAACAUACUCCUAUUGAGAUCCGGUGACGUAGAACGAAACCCUGGUCCAAAUGAUAACUCUGGCAGUCUGACCGAGCUCGAGUUCUAUCUCCUUGCCGAAGGUAUAGAUCCCUCAGAUUUUAGGAAGGUCGGACUGGCUUUAGGAUUCACUGAGGCUAAACUAAGUCAGUUUGAGAAGGACAAGCUGGGCAACUCCAUGCUAGCUACCUAUCAGAUGCUUUGCGAAUGGCGGAAGACAGUACGUGAAAGUGAGGCGAGGGAGACAUUGGUCGACACGUUAGAAAGCAUUAAGCUGGUACAGCUUGCUGAUAGUGUACGAACAGGUCAGGUCGGUGAUCACAUACCCUCCAUGACAGAGGAGGAAAUCCAACGGGUUGCUGAAGAGGUCAAACGCUAUUAUGAAAUUAAUCUCUGUCAGAUUCAAGCUAAUCCACUGAACACCGAGCUUACCGUUAAAUUAGAACAGAUCUUCACCAAUCUAACGUUAAUGGAAGAAGACAAAGGUACCAAGCACAAAACACCGCUUCUAUACGAUGACCUCCUCAAGACGAAAGUUAACGGGAACUAUCCUAAACGCUUGUUGGUUGAAGGUGAAGGUGGUGUAGGGAAAACCACUUUCUGCGCCAAGAUCGCUUGGGACUGGAUCCACGGAAAAGGAUAUCAAGAUUUCAAACUGGUUCUUGUCGUCCUCCUUCGCGAAGCAGAGGACAAGACUGUGGGAGAGAUAGUGAAGACGUAUCUUUCUGACAACAAUCCGGUCACAGCUAAGCAGCUAGACAAGCACAUCCUCUCAAAUUCGGAUGAAGUCUUUCUUGUCCUGGACGGCCUAGAUGAGUCUACUGUCGAUCUUAACAGCAAUCAGCAAGUCGCCCGGAUCACUUCCAAUCGUCUGUUCAAUUCAGGGACAGUACUAAUAACAUCGCGACAAUGGAGAUCAGAUGAGAUUAGGAAGAAUGCCAAUCUCAGAAAGGUGUUUGCUUUCAUUGCUGUGGAAGGUUUCUCUGUUGAAAACCUCUCUUCCUACAUCACCAAGUUCUUUCAUCCAGACACAGCUUCCUCUGAAGAUCUAAACCUAUUCAUAUCAAACAACGAUGUGAUCAGAGAGAACAUGGCCCCCUAUCCCAUAUACACAGCCAUGCUGUGCAUAAUGUGGAAAGAAUUUGAUGGAGAGCGCCGAGAGGCAAUGUCCAAGCUGCAAACAUUCUCCCAGCUAUUUGAUGAGAUGAUCCACUUUUUGGUUGAUCAUUACCUAUCGAAGCACAUUCCAUCUCCAGGUAUUGUUGAAGGCAAAUUAAGGGAACAUCGUUCAGAUAUUCGUCAUCACCUACUUCAGAUUGGCCGCGUUGCCUUCCAGGGUCUUCUGGAAAGACGGUUGGUAUUCACAGAAGAAGAGUUUCAAAGCUGUCCAGAGUCUAUAGAUGUAGGUUGCAAAGUUGGUGCGCUCACCAGAGAAAAGAAAGUUCUUCCGAGGCGAGACAGAAGAACUAAUCCAAAUUUAGCAGUUCAAUCGGUGCAGUUCCCUCAUAAGCUCUUCCAGGAAUAUCUAUCAGGAAUUUAUCUUGCAUCUCUUUACAACUCAAACCGUAAUGAGUAUGACGGGUUGGUGGCGAAAAUCAUAACUAAAGCAAGAGAAUACCGCUACCUCCUGUACUUCACCUCGGCCCAGCAGAAGGAGAUCGGAUUGGAUAUCGUAUCACAUCUCACAGCAGGAAAAAGAAAGCGUAGACAUGAUGAUGACUUCGUCGUAGAUGUAGCAUACGAGAGCCAAGACCAAACAGUGGCCAAAGCAGUGGCGGAUCAUCUCUCUUCUGAGUCCAGCAAGACACUGAAGAUCACUGAGGAGAUGCAGGCACACACAGUAUCAGGGCAUAUCUUCAUCAUGAAUCAUCGUGAAGUGGAUCAUCUGACUAUUGAGAAGACAUGUGGACGGACGGCUUCAGAGGACCUGGCUGAAUACAUGUGCUCAUCACGUACACUGAGAUCUGUGACGAUCAGUCGUACUAUGCAUGAUGUCUUCUACUCGGUGCUUGUGAAUAAAGCAGUCGAUUCCAAGAUUGAGACUCUGGACAUCCGCUCUGGUGAUCUCAGUGAUCGUCCCGAUGCAUCGAGUGAUCUCGCUCAGUUCAUCUGUAAGAUGCCUCAUCUAAAGAACCUGACAUUCGGUGAUUCCUGUCACGAUGACUACUACUCAACAUUAUCAGCGAUGGCAUCAUCAGUAGAGAUUGAGACUCUGGACAUCCGCUCUGGUGAUCUCAGGAAAUGUACCGAUGCAUCAAGUAAUCUCGCUCAGUUCAUCUGUAAGAUGCCUCGUCUGAUGAACCUGACACUCCGCGGUCAGUAUCACGAAGACUUCUACUCAACAUCAUCGGCGAUGGCAUCAACUGCAAAGAUUGAGACUCUGGACAUCCCCUCUGAUGAUCUCCGUGAACGUCCCAAUGCAUCGCGUAAACUCGCUCAGUUCAUCUGUAAGAUGCCUCAUCUGAAGAACCUGACACUCAAUAGGGGGUACGAGGUCUUUCUUCACGAUGACUUCUACUCAACAUUAUCGGAAAUGGCAUCAUCAGCAAAGGUAUGGAUUCGGUGA